AGGAAAAAGGCGCAAAACUGAAAUUCGAUUAGGGAAAGCAAAUCAAAUCUCUGAGUUCAGUUUUUUCAGUUUCAGAAGAAGAAGAAUAACACAGGCGCAUAUGGAGGCGUUUGGGAUUGGAGGUUACCUGGUCGACGAUAAGGCUGUGAAGGUCGAGAACAUCUUCCUCGACUUCCUCAAGAGCUUCAGAUUGAACUCGAAUGAGAUUUUCUACGAGGCGGAGAUCGAAGCCAUGAGAGCCAACGAAUCGACCACCAUGUUCAUCGAUUUCUCUCACGUAAUGCUCUUCAGCGAUCUACUCCAGAAGGCGAUCUCCGAAGAGUAUUUGAGGUUCGAACCAUACUUGAAAAACGCCUGCAAGAGAUUCGUGAUGGAGCAAAAACCGACCUUCAUAUCCGAUGACAACCCUAAUAAGGACAUCAACCUCGCCUUCUUCAAUCUUCCUGUAUGCAAGAGGCUGAGGGAGCUCAAUACGGCGGAGAUUGGUAAGCUGGUAUCGGUCACCGGAGUGGUGACCCGGACCAGUGAGGUUCGGCCGGAGCUUCUCCAGGGGACUUUCAAGUGCUUGGAAUGCGGGGGCGUAAUCAAGAACGUUGAACAGCAAUUCAAAUAUACUGAGCCAACAAUUUGUGUGAAUCCGACCUGUGCGAACAGAAAUAGAUGGGCAUUGCUUCGGCAAGAAAGCAAAUUUGCAGAUUGGCAGAGGGUGAGAAUGCAGGAGACUUCCAAUGAAAUACCUCCAGGCUCGCUUCCCAGAUCUUUGGAUAUUGUACUACGCCAUGAGAUUGUGGAGAAGGCCAGGGCUGGAGAUACGGUUAUUUUCACGGGCACAGUGGUUGUGGUACCUGAUAUAAUGGCAUUGGCUUCCCCUGGAGAGAGAGCUGAGUGCCGCCGAGGAGCUUCUCAAGGCAAGAACGCCAUGCUUGGACAGGAAGGUGUGAGAGGACUUAAAGCAUUGGGAGUUAGAGAUCUCUCCUAUCGCCUUGCAUUCAUUGCCAAUUCAGUUCAGAUUUCUGAUGGUAGAAGGGAUAAUGACAUCAGGAAUAGAAAGAAGGAUGCUGAUGACGAGGACAUCCAGCAAUUUACUGCAGAAGAGCUAGAUGAAGUUCAAAGAAUGAGGAAUACCCCUGAUUUCUUCAAUAAGCUUGUUGAUAGCAUCGCUCCGACUGUCUUCGGCCACCAAGAUAUUAAGAGAGCAAUUCUUCUUAUGCUUAUAGGUGGUGUGCACAAAUUUACUCAUGAGGGCAUCAACCUGAGAGGGGACAUCAAUGUUUGUGUAGUUGGAGAUCCUAGCUGUGCAAAGUCUCAAUUCCUCAAGUAUACCUCAGGUAUAGUUCCAAGAUCUGUUUACACAUCUGGAAAAUCUUCCUCUGCUGCUGGGUUAACUGCAACAGUGGCCAAAGAACCAGAAACCGGGGAAUUCUGUAUUGAGGCUGGUGCAUUAAUGCUAGCUGACAAUGGCAUUUGCUGCAUUGAUGAGUUUGACAAGAUGGAUAUAAAAGAUCAGGUUGCAAUUCAUGAGGCCAUGGAACAGCAGACGAUAAGCAUAACAAAAGCAGGAAUACAAGCUACACUGAAUGCUCGGACAUCAAUUCUUGCUGCAGCCAAUCCUACAGGGGGACGCUAUGAUAAAUCUAAACCCCUUAAGUACAAUGUGGCUCUUCCUCCUGCUAUCCUUUCAAGGUUUGAUCUGGUAUAUGUCAUGAUUGAUGAUCCAGAUGAUCAAACUGACUACCACAUUGCCCAUCACAUUGUAAGAGUGCAUCAGAAGCAUGAAGAGGCACUUACUCCUGCAUUCACGACUGCAGAGCUGAAGCGUUAUGUUGCAUAUGCAAAAACUCUGAAACCAAAGCUAAGCUCAGAAGCCAGAAAUGUUCUGGUGGAGUCUUAUGUAUCUCUCCGAAGAGGUGAUACUACUCCUGGCAGUAGAGUUGCGUAUCGCAUGACUGUCAGGCAACUGGAGGCAUUAAUCAGGCUUUCAGAGGCCAUUUGUAGAAGUCAUUUGGAAAUUCAGGUACAACCGCAUCAUGUACGUUUAGCAGUGAAGUUGCUGAAAACUUCUAUAAUAAGUGUGGAGUCUAGUGAGAUUGAUCUCUCUGAGUUUCAAGAAGAAAAUCGUGACAGUGGUAAUGAUGGUGAUAAUGACAUAAAUGGUGCUAAUCAAGGUGGUCAUGAACCAAGCAAUGCUGCCUCUGAGCCAGCUUCUGAAAAUGUAGCAGGUUCUGCAAACCGACAAGGGAAGAAACUUGUUAUAAGCGAUGAGUAUUUUCAGAAGGUUACCCAUGCCCUUGUCAUGCGUCUUAGACAGCACGAAGAAGCUGUUAGUCAUGAAGGGACAGGGAUGGCUGGAAUGAGGCAGAGGGACUUGAUUCAAUGGUAUGUGAGUCAGCAGAAUGAGAAAAAUAUCUACAAUUCAAUGGAGGAGGCAGCAAAUGAAGUUUCCAAAAUCAAAGCUAUUAUAGAGAGUUUGAUUCGAAGAGAAGGCCAUUUAAUAGUGGUAGAUGACGGUAGGCAGGCAGCAGAGGGUGAAGGAGAAGACCAGCAGCCGUCCAUAUCCAGAAAUGACAGAAUACUAGCCGUUGCCCCUAAUUAUGUCAUUGAGUGAUUUUAUAUGGCUUUUCUUUUAGAUUAAGAAUCCACCUCUUCAAUAUGUUUUAAGCUCACAACCAGCUGAAUGUAACUUCGCCCUCUGUUCCACAUCAACUUUAUAUUUAUAUGUGGAGCUAAAAUUUGUAAGAUAUGAGGACAAAGAAAAUAGAGGUAAAAAAUCGGAACUAGUAAUUGGUUUCACAUUUUUAUCAUUCGAAUUACUUUUUGAUGUACCCCAUAUUUUACUUUUAGAAUCAGUAGUUAAAAAUAUGACAUUUAUUAUUUUA